CGCAAACAACAGAGGAAUAUGAAAUUUCGCUAUAUAAGAAUACAUUCAGUUUUAUUUCACAGUGACCAGUGCAAUUUCGUAAACAUUAAAAAGAUGUUUGUAAACAUUCUAUUUGUACUACUGACUGCUCUUAUGGUGACUAGUAUGGACGACAAUGAACUAUGGGAUAGAGAUUUGCAAUAUGAUCUUAAUAACAUUGAUGAUUAUGAUUAUACCGAAUGCGACGAUAGCGAAAACAUCAAACCUGAUGUCAACUUCGAACACCAUCAAGAGAAUCGUAAUUUUGAAACAGAUUGGUCUAAAUUUGUUCCCAUAGGAGAUGCAUACAGAAGGUCUCCUGAAUUAGAUAAUAAUAUAAAUGAGAUUAACGGACACGAUUCCUGGAAUUUAGGCUUUCACGAAAUACAUGGCGAAGAUGUCAAGGAAACCCAACGUUGGCAGCUUGAGCCUAUUUUGUUACAAAAUAGAAAUUAAUUCAAACCGAACUGAGUAAAAAAAAUAACCUACAUACAACUAUAUAGCUAAAUGGUUUUUAGCUGGUGAAAUAAGAUAAAUUGUUGUUAUCAUUCAUUUUGUUGUUGCUAUUAAUAAUAAUUGACAUCUAUUUCGAUAAAUGAAUAAGUCACAUGUAGGCCAAUUUUGUAAUUAAGACAAAAUUUAUAUACACAAAAUGUUAAAAUUAAACUACUUUUAUAGCUGAAGAUAACCCGUGGUUUUAAUAUCAUCUGGAAAGUACUCCAAAGAAAUUUUGAAUAGUAAUAAUCAAUCAAUGUUCGUAAAAUAUGUAUAAUGGUUGCGUUUAUAAUAUGUUUAUUCGUUUCUAGGAAGAGGUUUUUUGACGAUUAUGUUGCUGGCGAUAUGCACUGCAUGUUGAAAAGCAACAUACUGUCUCAGUAGAUUAGCAAGCUGUAGUACAAAGAUUGACACCACCACUGCUUAUUACCAAUGUGACCACAGGAUUGACCUAAUCCAUCAGAACUGAUCAAAAUCAUCACAGAUUAUUCAUUAUACCUAAGAUGAUUUCUUCUGGAGUUUUGUUAAUAUCAACAUAAAAAACCACAUAAAAGCUGCG